AUGGUGUAUGGGUUGUGCAACUGUAGUAGAAGCCCUUGCGUAGCAACCGCUUUCUGUUCCUUCGUUUAUAACCCCUUUUACCCCUCUCUUGUCCCUUCCUUAUUUUUUUUUUUAUUUCCUAUUUUUCGUUUCUGUCUUUCUUUAAUAUAUCUAUUACUUUCUUCUUCUCUUUGUUUAUUCUCAGUCGUUCGCAUUUUCUUUCUUAGUCUCACUUUUGUUUCUGGCUUCCUUCCUUUAAUUAUGUCCUUCUCUUUCUUUUACUUAUUGCUUCCAUUUCUUUUUUUUUUAUCGUAUUUGUAUCUUUUUCUUUCGUUUAUCCUUUUUUUUCUUUCGAUGCUUGUUUCGAUCUUUUUUUGUGUGCCUCGUUUUCCUUUUUUUCCUCAUCUUCUUUUAUAUACUCUUCACAAUUUCUUUUACUCUCUUUCUUGGAUUUACGUUCUUUGUCUAUUUAUUUCUUUUCCAAAACCGUCUUUUCUUUUCUUUAUAAUUGUCUUUGCUGUUCGUCUUAUGUUUUUCAUCUUCUAUAUUCUUUCAUCAUUUUCGUUUACAUCAUCGUUCUUUAUUUUUCUUUCUUUUUCAAUUUCCUUUCUGUUGCAUAAGUUUCUUUUUUUAAUAUUUUUGCUUUCUUCUUUCUUUUUCACUGUCAUUUCCACACAGGCUCUUCAUUUCCUCUAA